AAACGAAUUCGGGAGCGUGUUUUCGAUUGUAGAUCGCGCUCGCGUGCCGAGCAACUGCUACUACUCCGGAACAACACGGUGUACGACGACGUGGAAUCGUAUCGUGGAGAGCGUGAGCGACCGCCUGCCUCUACCUGCCCGUUUUCGCCUGCUACGAGCCCCAACAUGUCAACUUACUCCUGAGUCGUCGAGAUUUUUUUUUUACUCACAGAAGAACGCGACAGAUUCCCUCUCACGGGACACAGAGUGCACGAGAGUGAUUUACAUAGAAUCAGAUUCGAGAGCGCACGAGCGGAGGCGCUAAUAAGGACUCGACUCGAAUUAAUUCCCGAAUUUUUGAUCGUUCUUCGGAGGAACCGACUUGUGCAACAUCAUGAGCGCGCCUCAAGCACCAGUGAAAUUGAGAAACGGAGUGGUGAAGCAGGUAACGUCUGGUGAUACUGUUGUUAUUCGUGGACAGCCCAUGGGAGGGCCUCCACCUGAAGUAACAAUUACUCUAUGCAACAUUACUGCUCCAAAAUUAGAACGUUGGAAAGGAAAUGACAGUACGGAUGAGACUAAGGAUGAGCCAUAUGCUUGGGAAGCGAGGGAAUUCCUACGCCGGAAAUUGAUUGGUCAAGAUGUCACCUUUGCCACUGAAAAGUCAGUCAAUACAGCCAGAACAUAUGGAACAGUCUGGUUAGGAAAAGACAGGAACGGUGAAAAUGUGAUCGAAACUUUGGUAUCCGAGGGUCUGGUGAAUGUUAAGAAGGAUAAUCGCAAUCCUACGGCUGAGCAACAACGAUUGGUGGAGCUGGAAAACAUUGCAAAAGCUGCAAAGAAGGGGAAAUGGUCGGAUACGCCGACUUCUGAGCACAUACGCGAUAUCAAAUGGACCGUCGACGAUCCUCGAAAAUUGGUUGAGAAAUUCGGCAAGAAACCCGUCAAAGCGGUGAUCGAAUUCGUCUUUGAUGGUUCUACCGUCAAAGCAUUCCUCUUGCCCGAUUUCUACAAUAUAACGCUCAUGAUCUCGGGAGUUCGUUGCCCUGGCUGGCCCAACGGGCGGCGUGAAAAUUCUGUCGGCGAUCCUUAUGCGGACGAAGCUAGAUACUUUGUGGAAUCGCGACUCUUACACAGAGAUGUCGAGAUUGUGCUAGAAUCAGUCAACAAUAAUAAUUUUAUUGGCAGCAUUAUUCAUCCUAAAGGUAACAUUGCCGAAAUCUUGUUGAGCGAGGGUUUUGCCAAAUGUCAGGACUGGUCGAUCAGCAACAGUAGAUCUGGCGCGGAGAAGUUGUAUCUCGCCGAAAAGGCCGCGAAGGAGGCGCGUUUGCGCCUUUGGAAAGACUACAAACCAUCUGGUCCACAAAUUGAAUUUACCGGCACCAUCGUGGAAAUUAUCAACGCGGACGCGCUCAUUAUUCGAACGCAAAAUGGAGAAAACAAGAAAGUAUUUCUGAGCAGUAUUCGACCGCCCACUCGCGAGAAGAAAAACACCGAAGACAGUAAUAAUACUGCUAGGCCAAAAGAUUUCAGACCUCUUUAUGACAUACCGUGGAUGCUGGAAGCGCGAGAAUUUUUACGUGAGAAAUUUAUCAGGAAGAACGUAAAAGUGGUCGUCGAUUAUACACAGCCGGCUAGGGAUAACUUCCCGGAAAAGUUUUGCUGCACCGUAACCUGCGGCAAAACGAAUAUCGCAGAAGCUCUGGUCGCACGAGGUCUUGCACGAGUCAUCAAGUACAGGCAGAACGACGAUCAGCGGUCUUCUCACUACAAUCUUCUGCAGGUCGCUGAGAGUAAAGCGGAAAAAUCACAACACGGACUGCAUGCGAAAAAAGACAUUCCAGUUCACAGAAUAGUGGAUCUCUCGAAUGAUCCUUCAAAAGCGAAAGCGUUCUUGACUUCGCUGAAGCGAGCGCAGGGAAUUAGAGGAGUUGUUGAAUUCGUGACGAGCGGCUCGCGUCUGAAACUCUAUCUUCCCAAGGAGGAUUACGUUAUUACGUUUGUGUUGGCUGGAAUAAGGACUCCGCGUUGUCAAAGAACAUUGCCUGGUGGCGGAGUAGUAAAAGCUGACGAAUACGGCGAGAAAGCACUGGCCUUUACCAAAGAGCACUGUUUCCAACGAGAUGUAGAGAUCAAGAUUGAGAACACGGAAACAAAGUUGAGCGGUUUUAUUGGUUGGUUGACAGUGAACGAUGUCAAUAUGUCCGUCGCUCUGGUUGAAGAAGGCUUGGCUGAAGUUGUAAAUUUCCCAGACUCCGGAGAACUCACAAGAACUCUUAAAGCUGCGGAGGAACGUGCGAAAGCAAAAAAACUCAAUAUUUGGAAAAAUCGCGUGGAAGUGCCAGUGGAGAGCGACAAGAUCGUGGAUGAAAAGGAAGGGCAGGAGCGCAAGAUCGAUUAUCAGAAGGUCGUAAUAUCCGAGGUUACCGAUGACCUUCACUUCUAUUCUCAGUUUGUCGACCAGGGUACCUUACUGGAGAACAUGCUUCAGCAAUUACGUCAAGAGCUAGCUGCUAAUCCACCACUUCCUGGCGCUUACAAGCCGACCAGGGGAGAUUUAGCGGUCGCAAAAUUCAGCGGAGACGAUCAGUGGUAUCGCGUGAAAACGGAAAAGGUCUCUGGCACUAAUGUUAGCGUAUUCUACAUCGAUUACGGGAACAGAGAAACCCUUAACGUUACGCGAGUAGCUGAUCUGCCUGCGCGCUUUGCAACCGACAAACCAUACGCUCACGAAUAUGCCCUCGCAUGUGUAACUCUUCCGAGUGAUACUGAUGACAAGAGAGCGGCAGUGGACGCAUUUAAGGAGGACGUACUGGAUAAAAUUUUGUUGUUAAAUAUCGAAUAUAAGUUGAGCAACAACGUAGUUGCCGUGACACUGAUGCACCCAAGCACAAAUGAGGAUAUCGGAAAGGGACUCAUCUCUGACGGGUUCUUGCACGUUCAAAAGCAUCGAGAUAGGAGGCUCGUUAAAUUAAUCGAGGAAUACAAGAAGGCUGAGGAAGAUGCGAAGCACAAUCAUCGCAAUAUCUGGAUGUACGGAGAUGUAAGACCAGAGGAUGACGACAAAGAGUUUGGGUUGUAAUUGAUAUAAAUGCUCAAAUAUGAGGGAAACAUUAUUGACGAGGAAGAAAAGGACAGAUCGUGUUAUUGAAAAACAAAAAUUAAAAAAAGCAAAAAAACACAAUAGGUAUAUGAUACUAUGUAUGCUACAUAGGUAAAAUAAGGAUAAUGAAUGUCGAUAUGGGAGCUACAAUGUCGUGUUAGUCGCAAAUUGCAAUUAUAUAUCUCAGUAUAUAAAAGAAAAGGAUUGUACAUAACGAUUUUACUAAUUUCUAUAAUACAAUGAACAAAGUGCGCACGCAGGUAGUCUUUGGACGAAACUACGCAAUCGUUGGCACAUCGUAUUCUCAUCGACAUAAAUAUUCAUUAUUAACUUGGUACCGCAAAUGCAAAUUGUUUGAGGAUCCAAUAUUUUUCAUAUGAAAUUUUCAAUGUGCAAUUCAACACGUUACAUACGUUCAAUCAUGUUAUAUACAUGAAUUACUUGCUUUUUCUAUAAAUAAUCAUAUUUACUAUUGUGCGCGUGCUACUCUUUUGAAGUUUUUAUAUGCAAGGAUGAUUAUAUAGCUGUAGAAUGUUUGUAAUCGCAAAUAUAAUCGGACACUGAUAGCUAAACAGAAAUAGGAAAAAUUCAUAUCAGCAGAAUAUCAGAGUAUCAGCAGAAUAUUUUCAAUUAAAGCGACAUUUGACAUCCGAGAAAUAAUUGGUGUCAUCCGAGAAAUAAUUUUCAACUUUGAAGUGACACGAUGGGUGUAUGCAUGUGUGUGUGUGUGUGUGUGUGUGUGUGUGUGUGUGUGUGUGUGUGUCUGUAUGUAUGCACGCGUGCGCGCGGAUUUAACAUAUACACAAAUGGGGAUAUAAUAAUAAUGCGAAGGAAAGAUUGUACACUUAUGCUAUCUUUCUUUAUCGUCUCUUUCGAAUAAAUUUCACAUUAUACAUGUACCGCGUUAUAUGCAUAAACAAGUUUGAUAUUAAUGUACUUACGAGAAAUUAUGCAGUUGUCCUACAAAUCCAGUCCUACACAAAUUGCAGUACAAGAACAAAUACGAAAAUUAAGUGUUUGAAAUAUUUACAAUAAACAAAUGUUAUCUAUUGUAUGCUGUCAGGUAAAAUAAUUCGCAAUUUUCUGUGGCACAAAGAAUACAUAUUAGAGUAUAUAUUACAAGAAUAUAUAUUAUAUUCUCUGUGCAUCACAGAAUAAACGUUUAUUUUAUCAGAAUUAUUAUAUAUAUUAUAUCUUUAAUCCACCAUUUUCAAUUAUUGAUCGAUAUAUAUAUAUAUUUUUUUUUUUAGACACUUUGUGAUUAUAAACUUUUAUCUGCGAUAUUUUGUUCACUUUAUCAUUAAUCUCGUUGACUCUAUUUUGUAAAUAAAAUCCUAUUGGAUAUGCUAUAUACAUAAUACACAUUGUAGGACCAGAAAGCAAAAGAAAGACUUGUUUUGAAUUAUUUUAGGAACGUUGCGAUAUUUAAGAUCCAUAAUAUACAGAAAUUUUUGUUGCCUCUCAACUAUCUGACUUUGACAUUACCGUUAUAUGUAGCGAUAAUAUCAUACAUUUCAAAUACACGACUUUUGUGUGUUUCUGCAAUAAUAGUAUACUGAAUAAUCACAGAGAGCAUAAUAACUAUGUUGUAGAAAUGUCCAAAAUGAUGAUCAAGAGAUUUGAAUAAAUAUGAAAAGAGAAUGUUUUCCAAUA